GUGGGGAGAAGAGAGCCAGGUCGUCCCGGAGCUCACGGAGAACUGGGGAGAGGGAGAGGGGUGAGAGGGGGAGAGGGGUGAGAGGAGUGAGAGGAAAAGAAGAUGGAACAGGUCACCUCCCUACAACUCUCCGGUCUCCAGGACACAUACAGACACUCCGCCCACUUGGCCUGCAAAGCGGAGAGUUCUGCUGCCAAAACCGAGCACUCUUUAUCCUCCCACCUCCAUCACCAUCUCCACACCGUCCCAACCCCACCUCCUCCAACCCUCCCAAGGCACGCUCCUCACAGGGGCACCCUCUGCCAUACCCACCACCAUCACCCCCACACCUCCUCCCCCGUCUCCCUACGUCAUCACACAGAACACCAGCAGCGCCGGUUAUACGGGUUCGACUCGUUUCCCCGCACCUAUCCCGGUUCAGAACACUGUCAUUGUGCAGCAGGGAGGACAGAGUGUGUACGUUCAACAACAGGUGUACCAGGACGGCUGUCAGACCACCAUCAUGCCCACCCACUACCUCCCUUCCCCUGCACAGCCAUUCAUGAUCCCUCCCUCCUCUCUACAUGCUCAACUUUUGCAGCCUCCAACACUUCAUCCUCCGUCAUUUCAGCCAGCCCACCCUCAACCACAAGCCCCACCCACCCUCACACAGAUCCCGGUCCAGCAACCGCUAUCCUCAUACCCUCACAUCCCCACACUCCCCACUCUCCCCAUCCUACCUCCACAGAUGCCACCCACUGGCUUUGUACGGCCUGUAUUCACACAGCACAUAGCAGUGGCCCCGCCUACCUCUCAGAGCACUCUGACCCCUGCCACCUCCCUCCCUCUCCCUCCUCCUCCUCCCUCUGACUCUGGACUGCCACAAAACUGGAAGACUGCCAAAGACCCUCAGGGUACGACGUACUACUACCACGUGAUCACCAGGAAGACCCAGUGGACGCGACCUACCGAGACAGAUGCUGACGGCAGUGUCACCAUGGAACUGGCAUCCUCCGACGAGGUAAAAGAGGACUCCUCACAGGCUGAGAGUCUGAGGGCACCUUGCACUCCAGACGGAACUCCACCUCCACUCGCAACCACAACUGAGAGGAACUAUGACACCGAGUCAACUGAUGUCACACCUUCCCCGUACUACUCUCCCCUCCCCCGUCCUCACACUCCCUCCUCUCCACACCUUCCCCACUCUCUCUCACACUCCAGUCACAGGUCACCCCUUCCCUCUCCCCGCACCCCUCCCUUCACCCUCCCUCCUCCCUCCACACCUCCCUUCCCCUCAACCAACUACCACCACCACCAACAACAACAACAGCAGCAACACUCUCCAUCUCCUUUACCUUCCCCCAAACCACUCUCUUCACCUCUCCCUGGGCCCUCGACCCCUCCCCUCUCUCCUCCCCUCUCUCCCCCUCACUCUCCCACCACUACCACCACCUCCCUCACAUCACCACUCACACACUCUCCCCCUCCCCUCCCUCGACCUCCUCGACCUCACGCCCACCACCAGAGAAGAAGAUAAAACUCACCAAGUCUAGCAAGCAGAGAGAAAAUUUUAAACAUAAGGUGUCAAAGGUAGUGACGCAGUGUCUGGACCAACACAGGAAGGCCGACUGCAAGUACGGUCGCAUCACUUGCUCCGAGGACUUCAAAUAUCUUGCUAGGAAGCUAACUCAUGGACUGGCAGAGAAGGAGCUGCAGCGUCGUCAGAGUAGUAUGGAGAGCCUCGUUUUCAACGACGGCGUCAAGGCAAAAGUCAGAGAGUACAUCAGACAGUACAUGAAGAAAUACGGUCCUCUUUACACACGUUCAUAGAGCCUUUUUGAGUCCAUCUUUAUUAGCACUAAACAUAACAGUAAAUGGCUUAUGUUGUUAUCCUAGAAUCAUAUUUUUCUUCAUUUAAAGAUUGCAACGAG